UUUUGCAUCAAUCAACCAGGCGAAAAAGUGUAGUAAAAGUGGUUAGACUUUAAGUUAAUUUUUUUGGUUUUAUUCAUUCAUGAAAAGAAAAGAAACAAACGUCUAUCGAUUUUCAGCAGCACAGGCAUUGGUCAAUCAAAAAAACAAACCAAAAUCAUGGUCAAAAGGAUUAAUUUCAACAAUAUAUUUUAGUUUAAUGGAUAACUAGAUCAAAUCACAGUUGUAAACGGAUCAGUGGAACACUAUGAUAAUGCGUUAUAUCUGGUUAAUAUGGUGUAUCUUAACAUGGACAGCAGCCAUAUUGUGUACAGUCGGAUUCCUGUUACCCUAUUGGUUGGAUGGACGAAUUUAUCCCGAUCAAGAAAUACACCCUGAAGAAACAGAUUCUCUUCGAUAUCCUGCUUACCAAGAUUUACCAAGUACACUGAAUUUAUUCCGUCGAUGUGUUUAUCCAGUAUAUACAGGAUUAGUAACUGAUAUUUUAUCUGAAAAUCCAGAAAAGGCGGCGAUCUUUUUAAAUCAACCGCCAACACAAAGAAUUGAUUUUAAACAUGCAUUUAUUGAAUCUUCACUGAUUAGCAUACAAACGAAUUGUGGUUAUUAUCCAUUUUUUGAUAUACCGCAUACAGCUUGGAGAUUUAGUAUGAUCCUGUUAGUGAUUUCAUGUUGUUUUCUAUUCUUUUUGGCCUUUUUCAUAUCAUUCACUGGAUGUUAUUUGAAUUUUCUAUGGCAAUUUAAUAUACAUCGUAUGUGUCAAACUGGUCUACUCAUUUCUGGUCUUCUAAUCCUUCUGUGUUGCAUUCUCUUUCCUAUUGGAUGGUCUGACAAUAGUGAAAUUGUUCAAAUCUGUGGUCAGCGAAGUUCAAGAUUUGAUUUAGGUCACUGUCAACUUGGUUGGGCGUAUGUCAUCACAAUUAUGAGUGGCUUACUGUCUGUUUUUUGUGCUGUCCUACCAAAUUUAUGCUUUCCAAAAAUACUACAUGAGCUGAAACAACGUAAAUCCCACUGUGUCAAAGCGAAACAAGAACAGGCGAAUGAGCUGAUACCGCAUAUGUUAUCCCAUGAGUAUAAUACAGCAGUAACAGGCAGUGGUGCAGCAAUUGCUGCUACCGCUGGACCUGCAGCAUCCAUUGAAACCGCUUCAACAAGUUUACAUAUGUCUGACCCACGUAUUCAUCGUAUUGGCUUUGAAUCACCAUGGAUGCAAAACUGGAGUUGUAUGAAUACACCUGGACAAAUACAUGGACAAGGACCACAAGGACCACAUGGACCAGUUGUACUGCUGCAUCCUGAUUAUAAUCUACAUCCUGGAACAAUUCCAGGAUAUACAGAAAAUCAAUUAGGAUGUAGUCAAGGCAGUUUAGAUGAUGGUUCUUCAAUAGGUACAGAGAAGAAAUCCGCCUAUUCGGUGGCACCAAAUUCUUUAGAAAAUAAAUUACCAAACACAGAGAAUACUAAAAAUAAUGAUAAGUAAAUAUAAUGUGCAUUUAUAUCUUCACAAGGAUACUCCUACACCUUACGCCUUCAAAAAUCUCUUGUAACUACUGAAAUGCAUGAAAUGCCAAUUCAUACUCUCUGCUCAGUUCAACAACCUUUUUAUGUAUAUCAUAUCACAUGCAUUAUUAUUUAUUGAUUGAACUGGAGGGAAAGUAAACAUGUAAAUCGGUCAUAUCUAAUGAAUACAAUACUUCUUCCUUCUAGUCAGAGUAAAUGCUGACUAUUCACAUAUUGCUACUUAUAAAUUUGUAAGUAGUUCAAAAUGCUUGAAUAAAUUUUCCAAAUAAAUGCAUGGCAAUACAUAAUACAGUUUGGGAUCAAGCAAGCAUCCAUUACGUGUCAUCCCGAUAGUGCUUUGAAUAAUCCUCUGAUUAAUGCAUAUCUCAGUGUAUUACCCUGGCUUCAGAUGUUAGGAAUUCUGGUUUCCCCAGUACACGACAAUAAUAAACGAUGAAUCCAAAUUGAAGCACACUCAUGAAGCUGAAACAUAAAUGAGAACUAUACAUUUUUCUAUAGUUAAACAUGCCUAAUCUGAGCCUAUUUAGGCAUAGCUUUAUUAUGUGUUGAACGCUGUCUUUUUUGAAGAAAAACUAAGUGAUAUGCAUGUGUUCUCUAUACUGUUGUAUAAACAUACUUUUCAACAGAAACAAUACAAGCAAUGCCUUAUGAAUAAAUAAUAUCAUUUCUGUGUCAUAAGAUUUCUUUGUUUUUUAUCAGUAUACUGAGAUAAAUAAACA